CUUGAGGUAUCGCAACGCCAGAUAUCGGAUUGGGUCGCGCAGUGGGGAAAAGUCUUCAGAUUCUUGUGAUCUGGUUGGGCAUCUUCUGCCGUUUCUCACAUUCACUAGCUUCAUUAACUAUACUUGUGAGAAGAGGUGAACUCACACGAUCUUCCAGAUGCAUUAAAAUAACAGCAGAAAUAAGCGUUUAUUAAAAUCCCUCCUGCAACUAUGUGGUGUUCAGUUCUCCCAAUCGUACUGUCUUUUUUUCUGCAGCUUUAUCAGGUUAAUGCCCUAAAAGGAGAUAGUCAAUGCGGAUAUCUAGUCUGUGUUAACGCGACGGUUCAUCAUGACACUGUCACUUACCAAAUGACCGCUCGGAAAGAGAAGAUGGGCUGGCUGGCUCUUGGUUUUGGCCGUCGUAUGGCUGGUAGCGAUAUGGUCGUGAUGUGGAGAAACGAGGACGACUCUCUCACUAUAUCCCAUCGACAUGGAUAUGACCACACAGAACCGGUAGUAGUGGAGGAGCCUCUUCGGAUCGCCUUCUUGCCUAUGCUUCAACCUACAGUGUGGGACUCAAAUCUCAACCCAGCAAACACUUUAUCGUUUAGUAUACCACUUGACAAAUCCCAGUGGGUUUUCAAGCCCGAGAAAAACGCCUCUUUUGAGCAAUUGAUUUGGGCAUACGGCAUGACCCGUCCAGCAUCCCCGGAUCCACAUACCACUAUAUAUGGCCAUUAUGCAGCCGGGAUGCUCUUGCUCAAUCUGGAGAAGGAUAUAUCAGUAACCUCGCCGGAGGGUUCGUUGGAUGACACAACAUCAUCUCCAGUAAUAUCUCAAGAUCCACUCUUUUAUUCCACACACGAGUUGGUCGUCCUUGCUCAUGGUUUCCUCAUCGCGAUCGGGAUGCUAUGGUUCAAAAUCCAUAAAACUCUGAACUAUGUGAUCGCUCUUCCCAUUAUCCUUGUGGGCUGGACUCUGGGCCCUUUCGCUGUAUUCAAUGCUCGUGCCACUCACUUUUCGGAUGCUCAUCAGAUUUGUGGCGUUUUGAUACUGGUCUUGUAUUUACUCCAACUAUCGCUGGGACGUUAUAUCCACGCUCGAAGAGGUCUACCUAACCGCGCAGUCCAUGCACCCUCAAACAUCCUCCAUGUAUUUUGGGGCUUAGUGGUGAUAUGUGCAGUACUGAAAUUGGUCCAGGUUUGGAGUGGCAUGAAUAAAUGGGCGGAACAUACCGGACGGCCAGUAUCGCAGUGGUGUCAUACACUUUGGAAGGUCUGGAUAUAUACGCUACCAGUCCUUUAUCUGCUAGGGUUAUCGCUCUUAAAACGACAGCUCUAUCAAGAGUCCCACGGUCUCAAUCCAUCUUUUACACCCAAACACUACGUGGCCUUGUCCCCCGAUGAGGGCCACAGGAGCAUGCUCUUUGAUGCGGACACGGAUUUGAGCACAUUGCCUGAUGGGUAUCCGAAUUACUCUCCAAACGGUAUCACCAAGGAAGCGGAGACUGCAGUCCCAUUGUUGCGCAGAAACUAG